AUGUCCUCGCUGGGGCUUCGUAAACCUAGCGAAGAAGCAUCAACUGAUGCAGUACUUGACCACCCUGAAAGCUCGACGAGUAUCAUCCACAGGCGAAGAUGGCGCCUGGCUUUCAUGGUCAUAUACUUCACAAGGGCUCUCGAGUCUCUGUCGAAAGAAGUCCUCGAGAAGAAGCUCGAAGUCCUCGAGAAGAAGAGAGCCCUGUUGUGGACGCUCUCUUACAAUGCCAUCAAUGUCGAAAGCUCCACAAAUAUCAUCCACAGGCGAAGAUGGCGCCUGGUUUUCAUGGUCAUAUACUUCACAAGGGCUCUCGAGUCUCUGUCGAAAGAAGUCCUCGAGAAGAAGCUCGAAGUCCUCGAGAAGAAGAGAGCCCAGUUGCGGACGCUCUCUUACACUGCCAUCAAUAUCGAAAGCUCGACGAAUAUCAUCCACAGGCGAAGAUGGCGCCUGGCUUUCAUGGUCAUAUACUUCACAAGGGCUCUCGAGUCUCUGUCGAAAGAAGUCCUCGAGAAGAAGCUCGAAGUCCUCGAGAAGAAGAGAGCCCUGUUGCGGACGCUCUCUUACACUGCCAUCAAUGUCGAAAGCUCGACGAAUAUCAUCCACAGGCGAAGAUGGCGCCUGGCUUUCAUGGUCAUAUACUUCACAAGGGCUCUCGAGUCUCUGUCGAAAGAAGUCCUCGAGAAGAAGCUCGAAGUCCUCGAGAAGAAGAGAGCCCAGUUGCGGACGCUCUCUUACACUGCCAUCAAUAUCGAAAGCUCGACGAAUAUCAUCCACAGGCGAAGAUGGCGCCUGGCUUUCAUGGUCAUAUACUUCACAAGGGCUCUCGAGUCUCUGUCGAAAGAAGUCCUCGAGAAGAAGCUCGAAGUCCUCGAGAAGAAGAGAGCCCUGUUGCGGACGCUCUCUUACACUGCCAUCAAUGUCGAAAGCUCGACGAAUAUCAUCCACAGGCGAAGAUGGCGCCUGGCUUUCAUGGUCAUAUACUUCACAAGGGCUCUCGAGUCUCUGUCGAAAGAAGUCCUCGAGAAGAAGGGAGACCUGUUGCGGACGCUCUCUUACGUUGCCAUCAAUGUCGAGAACAGUGAUAAUCCCCGUAAAGGAGAUUGCCCUUCGCUUCGGGACGUCGGCCAGAAGAUCCUGAGAAACCUGGUAAGAGAGAAAAGCUUUGAUACUCUUGCUCAACUUGGUGGCGUUAAACGACUCGCUUCAAUUCUCAUGACAAAUCUCGAAAAUGGCUUGAGUGGGGAUGAAACCGACCUCAUGCGCCGGACCAAUAAUUUCGGUGCGAAUAAGUACAAUAAGCCCCCGGCAAAGAGCUUUCUCAGUUUUGUGCUUGAUGCGUUCAAAGACUUGAUCAUAAUCAUUCUCAUAGCAUGUGCUGUUCUCUCUUUAGCAUUUGGUAUCAAACAGCACGGCCUUAAAGAAGGUUGGUAUGAUGGUGGGAGUAUAAUCAUCGCCAUCUUUCUAGUCGUCAUCGUCUCUGCUGUCAGCAACCAUAAGCAAGGAAGGCAGUUCCGGAAACUUUCCAAAGAGAGCAGCAACAUUAAGGUGGAGAGUGUAAGAGAUGGAAGGAGGCAACUAAUUUCCAUAUUUGAUAUUGUCGUAGGCGAUGUCGUGUAUCUGAAGAUUGGUGACCAGGUUCCGGCCGAUGGGUUGUUUGUUGAUGGCCACUCCCUGAGAGUUGACGAGUCUAGCAUGACUGGUGAAAGCGAUCACAUCGAAGUGGAUAGCGAGAACCCUUUCUUGCUCUCCGGCACCAAAGUGAUAGACGGUUACGGUCGAAUGAUGGUUGCUUCUGUCGGCAUGAACACUGUAUGGGGUGAGAUGUUGAGCUCCGUGAGCCGUGACUUAGAUGAACAGACCUCGCUCCAAGCCCGUCUAAACAAGUUGACUUCCUUCAUCGGGAAGGUCGGGGUGUCAGUGGCCGUACUGGUGCUUCUCGUCUUGAUGAUCCGCUACUUCACUGGAAACACCCAAGAUGAUGCUGGACAGAGAGAAUUCACCAGCGGGAAGACCAAGUCGGGGGCUGUGAUAGACGCUGUUGUGCGCAUGGUUGCUGCAGCAGUGACCAUUGUGGUGGUGGCUAUACCUGAGGGCUUGCGUUUGGCCGUCACUUUGAUGCUGGCCUACUCCAUGAAGCGCAUGAUGGGUGACGUCGCCAUGGUCCGGAAGCUCUCCGCCUGUGAAACCAUGGCUUCUGCCACAACGAUCUGCACGGAUAAAACCGGAACUCUCACAUUAAACGAGAUGAGCGUGACCGAAUUAUGUAUGGGAAAAGAACAUGUGAGUGUAGAUGAAUCCAGAGAAAUAGCCACCGGCAUCCUUGAAGUCCUACUACAAGGAAUCGGAAUCAACACGACGGGAACUGUCCACAUGCAACCUUCUGCAUCUGUUCCUGAAAUUUCAGGCAGCCCAACUGAAAAGGCUAUACUUUCUUGGGGUGUGUCCCAAUAAGGUAUGACGAUGGACGAACUGAAGCAAGAAUGGGAGAUAAUCCAAGUCGAGGCAUUCAAUUCUGAGAAAAAGAGAAUCGGGGUUGCUGUGAGGAGGAGAGGAGAGCAGGCCCUUUACGUACACUGGAAGGGAGCUGCUGAGAUGAUCUUGGCAUUGUGUUCGGAUUAUUAUAGCCAAAGUGGGAUGGUGAAUGUCAUGAAUGAUGAAGCGCAGUCAGAUUUCGGGGCAAUCAUAAAAAAUAUGGCAGACAAAAGCCUGCGCUGCAUUGCAUUCGCCUACAAAAAGAUCGAUGGCUCACUUGCUCAAGUUCAUGGGAAACUUGAGGAAGAUGGACUUACAUUGCUGGGGAUAGUAGGGAUAAAGGACCCAUGCAGACCAGGCGUGAGGAGGGCAGUGUCGGCUUGUAGAAGUGCCGGAGUGAACAUCAAGAUGAUCACAGGAGACAACAUGCGCACUGCAAGAGCUAUAGCCUUGGAAUGUGGGAUAUUCAAUCCCGAUGAAGAUCUCGGACACGAAGCCAUAGUAGAGGGCGUGCAGUUUCGCAACUACUCGCUCGAACAGAGAACGGCAGCAAUCGAGAAAAUCCGGGUAAUGGCUAGAUCAUCCCCAUUUGAUAAGCUUUUGAUGGUUCGGUGCUUGAAGCAGAAAGGGCACGUGGUGGCAGUCACUGGCGAUGGCACGAAUGACGCGCCAGCCCUAAAAGAAGCAGAUAUCGGCCUCUCCAUGGGCAUCCAAGGCACUGAGGUGGCAAAGGAGAGCUCAGAUAUCGUCAUCCUGGAUGAUAAUUUCGCCUCCGUGGUGACUGUGCUGAGGUGGGGGCGGUGCGUCUACAACAACAUUCAAAAGUUCAUACAGUUUCAGCUCACUGUGAAUGUGGCUGCCCUCAUCAUCAACUUCGUUGCUGCGGUCUCUUCUGGCGAUGUCCCUUUGACAGCUGUCCAGCUUCUUUGGGUGAACUUGAUUAUGGACACCCUGGGAGCUUUGGCAUUGGCGACAGAGCAACCUACGGAUGAGCUCAUGCUAAAACCACCAGUUGGACGAACCGAGCCGCUUAUAAGCAGAGUCAUGUGGAGGAAUCUCAUAUCUCAGGCCUUGUACCAAGUUGUCAUCCUCCUGACCCUACAAUUUAAGGGGACUUCCAUUUAUGGGGUGGACAAGAAAAAGAGGGACACAAUUAUUUUCAACUGCUUCGUCCUCUGCCAGGUCUUCAACGAAUUUAAUGCCAGGAAGCUUGAAGGGAUCCAUAAGAACAAGUUGUUCUUGGGCAUCAUUGGCAUGACCAUAAUUCUUCAGGUGGUGAUGGUUGAGUUUCUCAAUAGGUUUGCGAACACUGAGAGGCUGGACUGGGGACAAUGGGCUUGUUGCAUAGGACGUGCAGCUUUGUCUUGGCCGAUUGAUUGGCUUGUUAAGUGCAUUCCUGUUUUUUAA